GAUGAACCAGAAGACGAAGCAGAUCGAGGAGGCUAUCGCGGCGGCGCAGACGACGCAGCAGGAGCAGAUGGCCGGCGAACAGGGCAUUGUGCUGAGGGACUUCGAUGGCGUCCUGCAGCCGAUCAUCGAGUCCUGCACCAAGGACAGCAUCUCUGCAGAAGGCUUUGGUCAAUGGUUCAACGUUUCAGCAAAAAUUGCAUCUUAUAUAUUUAGUUAAUGAUAUACUACACCACUGCAUGCGCAAGAACAUCAAUGACUUGAAGAACAGCCUCGAGAACGUCGUCAUUCCGAUGUUCUGCAGCGCCGACUUGAUUGCCAGCAAUGAUCAGCGCCAGAAGUUGGCCAAGCUGCUGUCGCUGUGGGAGUCCAAGGCCAAGUUCUUCGAUGCCUGCGUCAUCUCGAAGCUGCAGUCGCCGGACUCUUCGAUGCAGGAGUACAAAACUAAUCUGCAGAACACCCAUCACGACAUAGCCGCCAAAUUCACGCAGAACACAAAGGCCACGUUGGAUAACUACCAAAAACAGCAUCAGAUAUUCAUCCAGCAUGCCAGCCAGCAAAUUGGCCAGCUCGAGAAGCAGGCGCAGCAUCUGGAGCAGCAGAUAAUGGUGGCCCAAAAGUCACAGCAGCAGCAGCACAUGCUGCAACAUCAAGGUCCUGGUGGUCCUGGUCCGCAGCAGAAGAACAUACCAUCACUGAUGUCCCAUCGGAUAGCCAUGCCCGGUGAACGCGAACAGCACAUGAAUAAUGAUCAGCAGCAUCCGCAGGCUGGGAAUAAUAUGUAUCCAGGUGGUAAUUUCCAUCAGCAGCAGCAACAGCAGCAGCCGCCUUCGGGGAAUCCCUUUGCGGAUCCACGGGGACCUAACUUUUUCAUUCCGGACAUGUCGAAGCCACCGCCAGGCUUUGCCGGGCCCAUGCAUCAUCAUAAUCAGGGACCACCAAUGGGCCAUCAGCAGCAACAGCAGCAGCAGCAACAACAGCAGCAGCAACCAGGACAGUUUCAGGGAGCUGGCAAUGAACCGCCCGUUGAUUUGGGCGUUCUCAGUGCAGCAAUUCAGGCCUGCCUACAGAUGCAGCAGCAACACCAUCCCGAUGACCCGCAGCAGCAGCAGGGGCAGCACCAAAUGCAACAGCAGCAGCAGCAACAACAGCAACCACCCAUGGCUGCCUAUCCCCAGAAUCUUGUUAGACCGGGCCAGCAAAGUGUGGAACCAGAAGUGGAUCUAGAUGUGCUCAAUGCGGCCAUUCGGGCGGUGAUAACCAAUCAAGCCGAAGACGGCGGUCCAUUGGAAGAUGGUCAACAGGCAACGCAACAAUCGGGCGAUGGGGAAACUGGAGAGCCUGUUGUGAUCGGAGAACCGCAAAUACCUACAGCGCCUUACUACGACUUGCCAGCGGGACUAAUGGUGCCGCUCAUUCGCCUGGAGGAUUACAACUACAAAGCUCUCGAUCCGGCGGACAUACGACUGCCAGCUCCGGCGCCACAAAGCGAGCGGCUGACGAAUGCAUUGAAUGCCUUCUAUUCCGCGCCCUCUCACGAUCGUCCCAGGGAUAAUGAGGGUUGGGAGAAGCUUGGUCUCUAUGAGUACUACAAGGUGAAGAAUGCGGCGCGAAAGCAAAAGGAGGAGGAAAUCAAGGACGGCAUUCGGGAAAAGUCGCGCUCGCCCAGUCCAAUUGUGCUGGAGAGGCCCCUACCAAAAAAGAGCAACAAGCGGGUUUAUCGAUCCAAGAGUCGCAGUCGCUCCCGCUCGAAUACUCCGCCCCAUCGAGACAGAUCGCCCUCUCGUUCGAGAUCCCGCUCGCGAUCCCCGGAACGCUCCUCAACGCCGCCAGCGACGAACCGCAAUAGGAUGGGCGGUGGAGGAGGUGGUGGCAGCAGUCGCAAGGGACGCAAUCGAUCGCCUCGCAACGAUCGGGAAAGUAACAACCGGGAGAAUCGUGUAGAACGCAGCAAUUCCAAUAACAGCAACAAUGGCAACAGCACCAACCUAAGACGUGUGGAUCGCGACAGAUCUCCCACCCCUCCGAGCUUUCUGGGUAGCACCUUUGCCAAGCCCCAAGAAUUCAUCGAGGAAUCGAACAAGGGCCACCAAAUGCUCAUGAAAAUGGGCUGGGCCGGCACAGGCACAGGACUGGGCUCCAAGAAUCAAGGCAUAGACACACCGAUUUCCGGUGGCGAGGUGCGCGAUCGUCGCGAAAUGUACAAGGGCGUGGGUGCCAAUAUGCAUGAUCCCUUUGAGAGCUUCCGGAAGAACAAGGGCGCCGCCUUUGCACAUCGCAUGCGAUCGCGAGACGACAAGAGUUAGGAACUGCCGAAGGCCAAUAACUCAACGUUUUUUUGUUUCCUUUUAGCCGAGAAAAUAUACAUUUUUAUAAAAGCAA